AUGACCCGUGGAAACCAGAGAGAUUUAGCUCGUGCUAAGAACCAAAAGAAACAACAAGAGCUGCAAAAAAAGAAAAAUGCUAAUGAAAAGACUGGCAUGUCACUGUCUGAAAGAAAACAUAGAGAUGCUGAAUUAAUGAGAGAAAAACAACGAAAAAAAGAAGAGCAAAAUGCAACUUCUCAUCAAAAACAAGCUGUUCAUUAA